UCGGUAGGCUUUAAUGAUACCGUAAGAACGAGUCAACAGCUCUCUUAUGUUUAAUCCCCACUCAUUCUGAGAAGAGCCAGUCAUUGCACAAUGCUCCAACAGUCAGUUGGACGUGUAUAUGCGCAGUUAUAUAAUCGUGUUUCGACAUGCAUAUUUGCACAAGGCAGACUGGCAGAUUCAUUAAUGUCCUCUCGUCAUUCUUCCACCAUGGAUAACAAUCGAGUAGAUGUACAUGUGCAUGAGGGAAAAUUAAUCGGUGUAAUUGAAGAAAAUAUCCAUGGCGGCCAUUACGUCGCCUUUCGAGGAGUACCGUAUGCGAAACCGCCAGUUGGCGAACUCAGAUUCAAGGAUCCGCUACCACCGGAAAGAUGGUCCGGCAACAGAGAUGCUUCAAAAUAUGGAAACGUCGCUUUUCAAUUAGAUCUACUAACACGUGAAGUAAUUGGAAAUGAAGAUUGUCUCUAUCUAAACGUAUAUACUAUAGAUAUUAAGGAAAAACGUCCGGUUAUGGUAUGGAUACACGGAGGAGGUUUUAAUAUGGGUUCCGGUGAUGCAACCAUUUAUGGUCCUGAUUACAUUGUUCGGAAAAAUGUAAUAUUGGUUACGUUAAAUUACAGACUGGACGUUUUCGGUUUUCUGAAUUUAAAAGACAAGGUGGCAACGGGUAAUCAAGCUUUAAAGGAUGUGGUUAUGGCAUUACGAUGGGUUCAGAGAAAUAUAUCAAGAUUCGGUGGAGAUUCAGAAAAAGUCACUAUCUUUGGCGAAAGCGCUGGUGGAGUCAUCGUACAUUAUUUAACUCUAUCUCCAUUAAGCAAAGGUUUAUUUCAUAAGGCGAUAUCACAAAGCGGUGUGGUCGCGAAUCCUUGGACUUUAACCGAAUAUACGAACAAAGCAAUGAACAAAGGUUUUCAACUUGCUGAGAAACUUGGAAAGACGACCUCAGAUCCGAAAGUCGCCUACGAGUUUCUCAAAACAAUUGAUGCAAAAAAACUCCUAAAAGCUUCAAAGUCUCUUAUCACGGAAACGGACCGUCUGCAACAUAAUAUAAUAUUUACGCCCACUGUAGAUUACGAAUCACAAAAUCCAUUCUUUCCAGAACAUCCAUGCACAUUAAUGCGCCGCGGAAUUAAAGUGCCAUUCCUUUUCGGCAAUACCAAUUGUGAAGGCUCUUUUCUUAUAAGCAGUAAUCUUUUCGGACCAAUAAGCAAGAAAGCUCUUAAAAAAAUCGAUUCCGAUUUCACGAAAACUAUAAUGCCCAGAAUUUCAUCAAUAUUGCCAAAGAUACCGAUCACAGCUGAAGAAUUACGAUUUUUGUAUUUUGGUAACAAAGCAAUAUCAGAAGAAACUUUAAUGAAUUAUGCUGAUUUUCUUGGCGAUGCAAUGUUCUAUCGGGGUACCAUGGAAGUAGCCGAUAUUCAAAUGGCUGUUGGUGGUAAUACACCAACAUAUCUAUAUAAAUUCUCAUAUGAUAGUAAAACUUACCUCGCAAAAAAAAUAAUGGACGUUACGCUUCCAGGAGUAGCUCAUGGCGAAGACUUAUUUUACUUAUUUCAUCCUUACAUAAUGAAGGAUUUUGGUUUGCCACCACCUGCUCCUGAUUCGGACGAUUACAAAGUGAUAAAUCAUAUAACGCAGAUGUGGGCAAAUUUUGCUAAAACAGGAGAUCCAACGCCUUCUAUUACGAAUUUAACUCCGGUUAAGUGGACACCAUUAAAACACGGAGAUGUAUAUGAUUAUUUAAAUAUUGAUAUUGAAUCUCGAAUGGAAUUUACUCGUAAAGGAGAACAGCGCUGCGAGUGGAAGAAUAUGAAACAUAAGCUAUGAGAAUUCAUCUAUCCAUCAAAUAUCAAUUAUAUUAAAAUUGUAUUUCUUAAUUUGUUGUGAAAAGUUUUUCGUCAUAUUUUCAGCGCCCUGGAUAAAUGGCGUAGAUGCGCUCUGUAAUAAUAUGUUCAUGCUGUCUUUUAUCUUAUAUAAUUUUUUGUCUUAAUCUUUUUAUUUGCACUUCCUUUGUAGCACAUUCGAUCGUUGUGCGCUUCAACUUGUAAAAUCUCUAUAAUAAACAAGAGAAUUAUAUCCAAUUCCUCGGCAAGCAGAA